UUGACAAAAUCAUUGAAGAAAAUACACCAAAAAAUACUGUCAAUAGUAAAAAAUACACUUGGAAAAUAUUUAUGGAGUUUUGUGACGCCAGAAAACAUGAAUUGGAUGGAAAUCGUACUCUCGAAGAGCUUGCAUUAAUACUCAAGGAUUGGGCGAUUAAUAUGAGAAAAAAGGAUAGCACAGAGUUUAAGGAGGCUACUGUUAAAACCGUAUGGAAUAUAACAAGUAAAUUAUUACAAGAAAAGUAUUACAAGGAGUAUAAUAUCAUGCUAGACCCCUUUAAAAGUGUUGCAUUCAAACAAGCGCGGAAUGCACGCGACGCAGCACGAAGAAAUUUACAAACAGAUCCCACUAAACGCAAAACAAGCUCAGUACCAUUAACUUCAAAUGAAAUGAGUAAAAUUAUAAACUUUUGGGAUGAAAAUACCCCUAUAGGACUCCUACGCAAAUUUUAUCACAUAGCAGCGGUGGAAUUGGCUUGGAGAGGUGGUGAAGGUGCUGCUUGCUUAGUUGAUUAUUUUCAUAUCGAAAAGGACAACAAUGGAUCUCCAACUAAUAGGAUAGAAUAUAAUCCAAUUUUCAGUAAAACCUGCCAAGGGGGUUCAAAGAACUGCGCCUCUAGCAAAUGGCCAAAUCGUCACUGGAAGACAGGAAGCGAUAACUGGUAUGACAAUAUGCCUCUGGGUAGAAAUAUAAUCAACGGAUGGACGAAAUCUUCUGCUGAAGCUUGGCUUGGAUACGAAACAGAGGAAAAUAACCAAUCACUCUAAUAGAGCAACUGCAGUCAGUCAACUAGCUAAGAGUGGAGUUCAAGAACAGCAAUUGUUGAAAAUUACUGGGCACAAUAAUGGAAAUUCCAUAAAACCUUAUUUGAAUAUUGAUCAGGAACAUCAUAACCAAAUAAUCAAUAGUAUGCGUGGAAACAUCUAUGCAGUAACCGAGGCAAAUACAGCAAGAUCAACGGAAUAUCAUUAUACGAAUUGUUAUUUCAAUAACUGUGUGUUCAAUAAAUAAUUUUGUUCGAAUUGCAAAAAAUUU